AUGAGUCGAAAAUUUGGCUGCAUAAAAGACAUCAGCGACAAGAAGGAAACAUGGAGAUUGGCUGUUCGAAUUAUUGAUCUAUGGAGCGUUGUUAACAGUAAGGGUGCUGAACAUCUGGAGAUGGUUAUCAUGGAUGAUGCGGGUGAUCGAAUUCAAGUUUUGAUUCGGGCUGAUCAUACAGAUAAGUGGAAAUCAAGAAUUCAAGAGAAUAUGACUUGCAUAAUCAACAACGAUAUUAUAGGUGUUGUACAUGAGAUAAACAAUAUGCAAUCAAACACUCCAGGAAAGAAGACAUUUGUGGCCCUCAGUCUGAAAGAUUUGAGGUAUAUUUUUUCCCCUUAA